UUCCCGGGCGGUUGAUAAGUGCAGUGAGCGAGCGCGCGUAACAACACCUUCCAACGAUCGCGAGAUCGUGAGUCGGUGUCACAAAAAGGGGAUCGCUAGUCUCCCCCGCGAUCGGAUUAGUUAAUCGUGCGGUACAGAUAGAUGCCACGGUGAGAUUCCAGGUGUGUUAACAGGUGCAAGAAUCUCUCGGGAGGCUAACGUGAUCCUUUGGACUAGUUGGUGCCAGUGCGGAGAGUUAUGCAUGUUAUGAACUGAUCUACACUCAACGGGGGUGUCGCGACAACCAAACAAAAGGUGGAAUUGAAACAAAACAACCGCGCAUCAUCAUCACACCGUCGGCGGCGACGGUGACCGACCAUCAUCAUCAAAAGUGCGCGCGUCUGUGGCUCGAUCAUUAACGCCGCCUCAGCGGCUUGCUCAUCGCUCAUUCCCGAGCCCCAUUGGUGUGCCCUUCGCGGGUGUGUGUAAGCCUCAUUCGUCAAAUCUAAUCAGUUCUUUCGUGCGAGUGAGGGAGGGAGGUUGGCCACUUACGGUGUAUCGCGUGCGCGCGGGUAUGUGUGGCAAGGAAUUGAAGAAGAAGUGUUCAAUUCGGUGUGAGUGUGAUUGUGAGUGUGCAAAAGUGCAUACAAACCACCGUGUUGUGUACCGCAACCGGAACACGUGUGAUCGCGAUCGAGGAUAUCCGUGAAUAGGACACGUGCUGCACGUCGCAUCCAAGGAUGGCGUUCAGCUGUACGCUCUGUGGACUCGGACCACGGAUGACGGUUUUCGUCAUCGGUACCAUCACGCUGGUGUUCUCGGUGCUAAUGGCGGGCUUAGCGACGACGGCAAUACUGGCGCACAACUGCGAGAUCGACAUGACGGAUUCGAAGGAAGCGUACGGACUCUAUCUGUACUAUUUCAGGUCCGAGGAGUGUGGUCCCAUUGAUCUCAGCAUUCUGGGUAUUAACGUACCAUCGAGCGUUCCGGUGCGCGUUCCGGACACUUCGGAUGCAGUCGAACGGACGUAUGUCUUUGCGCUCGUUUCUGUAGCGCUGCAUGGUGCCCUGGCCAUUACGACGGUGCUGAUGUUUGGUACUAUUUGCAUUUCCUGCAUGGGACGAGGCUGCGUAGUGUUCGGCUUCUAUCCCUGGAUUUUGACGAUGUUCCUAGUGCUGGCACUCGAUGUGACCGGUUUUGUGAGGUAUCUGAUCGAUUUCAUCAACGUUAUGGACACCGAGGGAGUGCUCGAGCUGUUGGAGAUCGAGAAUCGGCAGCCGGAGGUUUUCGAAGUGCUAGAACAGUUGGACAGCUUCUACUACAUCGCUCCCGCCCUGUUCAUGUGGCUCGCCUUCAGCAAGGUGGUCCUGUUUUGGUUCAUGUUUGUCGUCUUCCAGAUGGUCAUCAUUAGUCUGUCGAUGCGCAUGUGGAAGGAGAACAAACCAGCGCCCCCGUACAACCGAAGUCAGGCCAUGCAACCCCGGCAAGUGGUGCAUCCGACCAGUCCACCGCAAGAGCUGGACGAGAGUCACCAUGAACCGACGCGCUACAUGGAUCAAGCACCACAGUUGCAGCAACAGCAACCGCAGCAGCACCAGUACCAACAGCAACCUCAUCAGUUCGCUUCGUUCCAGCAACCAUCGCAGGUGCCAUCGCAUCAACCCAUCUAUCCGGUCAUUCCGCCACCGAACCAACUGCAGCUUCAUCAGCACCAUCUCGAUCAGCGGUCGAUGGAGCAGCAAAGCGAACGAUCGGAACCACUGCAGCACGAGGAUACCGCACCGUACGAAGGGAAUGCAGCGAGCUCCGGACUGCAAGCCAGACCAACGGUCGAUCCUUACACCGACAAACGGUUCUCGUAUCUGCCCGGACAGCCGGCACCGUUUUCGUACCUUGCCGGACCACCACCGGGCACCAGUCCGCGGAGCUCGGUAACGGCACCACCGCCCGAAGUUCGCAAUCAACUCCCGUGGUCCUACUUUCCGGCACCGGACGAUAAGAAGCUUGCCGGACGAUCGCGCGUAACCUCGACCUUGACGGAGGCGAAAGAGUUCCCGGGAGGAGAUAAACCGCUGCCCACGGUGAAAGUAAGCUCGAUCGCCGAUGAUCGCUCGAGUGUAACGACCGACGAAGGAAAAUGGAGUGGACCAGAGUACAAGUACUAGUCAAGCGAUAUCUUGAUGUGUUAGUGGCCACCGUCGCGCGAAGGUCCCGCUCGCAAGCUGUUCUGUACAUAGUACAACGCUAAACGUCCUUAAUCCACUCCCUCCUGACAUUCAUUUCCCGCUUAGUAGACACGAUGGGACAUGAUGAUGAUGAGUGAUGAUGUUAGUCAUCGGCAAUGAUUCAGCGUUCCCCGUUCCCCGUUCCCCGUUCGAUCGCCGUUCAUCCACUGAAGCUGAAUCUUAUCGAGCAGCAGCGCAUCUUAUCGAUGAAACAAUGGCAACAAUAAUUGUUGAUAAGCCAGCUAACCAGCAGUACGUCCGUCUAUGUGCCUGUAUGUGUGCGUAUUGUUAUGUUUCUAAACUGUUCGGCAAUGGCCACUUAAACGAAAUGUGAAAUCCUAAGUAUUUUGGUUAAUAUAAAUAUAUUUAUUAAGCAUUA